AAGCGCAGACGUGUGCGUAAAGGUUCACGGUCCUGCUGGGAAUGCAAACGACGGAAGAUCCGAUGUCGCUUUGCCGCCCCGGACGAUGCUAUUUGCAUCGGCGGCCAGCAUAGACGGGCGGACUGUGUCAGUCAGGAGAUGCCAGAGGAUCUGUCGGCAGCCCGAAGGGGCAACCGACAGCUCGGGGACCGCAUCGCCCGCAUCGAAGAGGUCAUGAAGGAUUGG